GAUCUUGGCAUCAGUUUGCUUCUGAACUGUAGUGAGAGGAAGAACCCAGUCAUAAUGCCGGAGCCAGCGAAGUCAGCGCCUGCGGCCAAGAAGGGAUCCAAGAAAGCGAUUACCAAGACCCAGAAGAAGGGCGACAAGAAGCGCAGAAAGAGUCGCAAGGAGAGCUACUCCAUCUACGUCUACAAGGUGCUGAAGCAGGUGCACCCCGACACCGGCAUCUCCUCCAAGGCCAUGAGCAUCAUGAACUCCUUCGUGAACGACAUCUUCGAGCGCAUCGCCGGGGAGGCCUCCCGCCUGGCGCACUACAACAAGCGCUCCACCAUCACCUCUCGCGAGAUCCAGACGGCCGUCCGCCUCCUGCUUCCCGGGGAGCUGGCCAAGCACGCCGUCUCCGAGGGCACCAAGGCCGUCACCAAGUACACCAGCUCCAAGUAGGACUACAACUCCCAGCAGCCUCCCUUGGCUGGCGUUUGAUCCUACCAGACCCAAAGGCUCUUUUAAGAGCCGCCCACUUUCUCAAUAAAAGAGCUGUACACUUUCUUUGAAUGAAAGAAACAUUUUGGGAUUGUAUUUUGGUAACUGGGACCUAUGCAUUAUGUUAGUGUCUAUGGAUCCAUCCCUACUAUCGAAUUAAUGCAUACAUACUACAUAAAUAGAACUGUAACUCC